CUCCUGGUUUAGCAGGAUCAGUGCGCGCUGCGCUUGCCGGUCCUUUUAGGUUGUGUGUGUGAGGUGAAGCUCGGAGCCGCCGCCGCCUCAGCCCCCCCAGCGGCCGCUGUGCGUGUGUAACGGGGGGAGGGAGGGGGGUUUACAAGUCAAGGGAGGAAAAAAAAAAAAAAAAAAACUCGUUCGGUGAGGUGACGGUGUGUGUCUGUACGGAGAGCCGGAGACGGAGCAGCCCCCUGGGGGACGAUGAGCAUCGAGAUCCCGCCCGGCCUGACGGAGUUGCUGCAGGGUUACACGGUGGAGGUUUUGCGCCAGAGACCUCACGAUCUGGUCGAUUUCGCCGUGCACUAUUUCACCCGGCUCCAGGAGAAGCGGCUGCAGGAUGGCGCCGGGGCUGCCGCAGCUCAACGGCCUCACGGCCGCGGGGUCAACUUUGACGGGGAGCCCAUGCAGACCGAGUCCAACGGGGACGACGAGGAGGAAGACGACGAGGACGAUGACUCUGACUUUGAACCUCCGGUCAUCAAUCGGUACAAUAGAAGAGUGUCAGUUUGUGCGGAAGCCUUUAACCCAGAUGAAGAUGACGAAGACGCAGAACCACGGGUAGUUCACCCGAAAACGGAUGAGCAGAGAUGUAGAUUACAGGAGGCUUGUAAAGAUAUUCUUCUCUUUAAAAACCUUGACCAGGAACAGCUCUCGCAGGUUCUUGAUGCAAUGUUUGAGCGGAAAGUAGAACCUCAGGAACAUGUUAUCGACCAGGGAGACGAUGGGGAUAACUUCUAUGUCAUUGAGCAUGGGCUGUAUGACAUUUUUGUAGCUAGAGAUGGACAGUCCCGUUGCGUCGGCAGAUAUGAUGAUCACGGCAGUUUCGGUGAGCUGGCCUUGAUGUACAACACUCCGAGGGCUGCGACUAUUGUAGCCACGUCUGAAGGAGCACUGUGGGGACUGGAUCGAGUCACUUUUAGAAGAAUAAUCCUGAAAAACAAUGCCAAAAAAAGGAAGAUGUUUGAGCUCUUUGUAGAAUCUGUACCCAUCCUAAAGUCCUUAGAGCUUUCUGAGCGAAUGAAAAUUGUCGAUGUAAUAGGUGAGAAGAUUUAUAAGGACGGCGAUCGCAUUAUCGCACAGGGCGACAUGGCGGACUGCUUCUACAUUGUUGAGUCAGGAGAAGUAAAAAUAAUGAUGAAAAGCAAGACAAAGACUGGCCAAGAAGGCAACCAAGAGGUGGAGAUCACUCGGUGUACGAUAGGACAGUAUUUUGGUGAACUUGCCCUUGUCACCAACAAACCCCGAGCUGCCUCUGCGUAUGCUGUAGACAACGUCAAGUGUUUAGUUAUGGAUGUUCAAGCCUUUGAGCGAUUACUGGGCCCCUGCAUGGACAUUAUGAAGAGGAACAUCACACAUUACGAGGAGCAGCUGGUGGCAUUAUUUGGUUCUAGCAUGGACCUCCGAGAUCCGGGAAAGUAGGCACCUUGUUACCUCAGUGCCUUCUCUGUUCAAGACACAGACAUAAGCCUCCUAUCAGCUAUACAACAAACAAGGGACAAAGAGCGCCACCAGGUGGAGCAGUCACCGCUGCUGUUGUCUUGGGCUUUUUUUUUUUUUCCUUUUUUUUUUUUUCUUCUUUUUUUAAUUUUAGGAAACAAAUUACAAAUGGAAAAAUUUAACACCAGAGGCCAGGGUAGAUAUCCAAUCUGUACGGUCAUUUUGCUGCUGAGAUCUCAUUAGACCGUCUUAACGUGCCUUUUAUAAAAAGAAAAAAAAAAUACCGCCCUGUUUCAUAAGGACAGGUCUCAGUAUCGCACCCUGUGAGUCCCCCGCGAUCUGCUUCCUCAGCGCCCCUCUGUGGCAGUUAGGUUUGCUCAUGCUUUGCUUUGUGACUUUCUGAAUUGCAGUAGUCAAGUGUCCCCAACCCCCCCUGAUUCUGACUUGCCUUGUGGCUUUUGUCCUGUGCUGUUUUAAUGGCUCCUCAUAGUAAAUGCUGAAAUAAUCACAUCAUACAUUAGCUGUUAGCACUUUUCUUUAUCACUUUAUUUUGUUAAAUUUUGUAAGUUAAGUCAGCAUUUUAGCCCCCCUUAGGGGCCAGAAAGGUGCAUGUAAGAUAAACUGGUGAUUUUAGAUUGUCCAGUAGUGACCUUGUCCGCCUCUAUGGGAGCGAGUAGCCUUGACAUUGUCCCACCGCCACAAUCCAUGGUGACAUUUGAGCAUUUUGCUGCCCGAUUGGCUGUGUGUCACAUGGUGGAGUUCCUUGCAUUCCAGCGGAGCACAAUGGCGGCUCUGUUCAUCUGUCAGGGGUUGACGUACUAGUUUUAGAACAUUUUUAACUUGAAGAUAUUUAUUAAAGUCAGAUUGAUAGCUUUCCCAGUCUCUGGUUUUCUCACGGUACAUGUUUUAUCUGCAGGACUGUGGCGAUGUCUCCUUAAUUCCUUAUUGAUCCCCUUUGGGUCAAGCCUAUAUUUAUUUAUUUAUUUUCAUCCCAAUAAAUUGGCAUUUGUGUCUCGUGCCGUCACGCUGUGUUCUAGGUUGUGAAUGCCGCUCCCCAGCUACCACUGUAGUAGUGGUUAGUUGUGGGCUGUGCUGUCAGGUUGUUGGAGAUUUCAGUAAGACUUGGUUGCUGCAGUUAUGGGGGUGAGAAGUUCCUGCAGACGAUGAGACGUGGACAGCACGUUAUUGGCCCAUAGGAGUUAGUCCCGUAACAGUGUGCAUUUGGGAGCCCUCUCCCAAGAUCCUUCCCACUCAUUUUAAGCUUCUUGGCUGCAUUUUACAAUCUCCCCCUAGUGCCUUACGCAGACUCUUUUCCAUUCCUGUUUUUGGCUUCUUCAGGAUUUAACAUAGAUGGAAACUGAGAGCCAGUUAAUUACUGCAGGUAGUAAUGAAAAUGCAGUCCCGGAGCUUAGGACCCUCCCAUACUCCAUCCAUGAGGUACUUAACGAACAUGAGCCAUACCGCAAUAGGGGAAACCAUGGAAUAACACAGCCCGUCCAGCCCUUGUUUCUCCAUGUCACCCCCACCAUAGACUUUAGUGCAAUCAAAGUAAAUAGAGGUUCGCUUCAGCAGAAGAUCAGCCUUUUCGGGUCUGUAGUUAACUUACCACAGAAUGUUUUACUGGAGCGUUCCUCGGUCAUGCAGGGGUUGGAGCGUGAUGCAGGGAUCUCCUUUGGUGGUCCUUGUAUUCCGGACAGGUCCUUUUACUAAUUCUUAACAUUCCCUCUAAGUAUUUGAUGCAAAUAUGUAGAAUCCUUGGAACUAACCUUGUGCCCCUGAAUGCAUUACUCGCUGCUCCUUCAUGAGAUGCGUUCACUUUCUGCUCGCUUUUUUUUUGUUCAGACUUGUGAUGUGACAAGGGGGACAUGACGGCUACAGAAACACCCGAGAGGUCAGUAGGGAGAACUCAGCAGCAAAGUGUCUCUGGGGGGGAGAGAGUGUAUCAGCCCGUCCUUAAUCUUGCUUGUAGUAAUGCUAUCGGUGAAAAGAACCCCCACCUUCCUUUAAGGAUCACAAGCGCCCUGGCUGACUCUAGUAUUGUUUUUAUGUCACAGCACAGAUUUCACAUUUUAACAAUUCUAUAAAGUUUUCUCUCGUUAAAACACAAACUGUUCUGCACCGUUAAAACUAAAAAAAGACAAAAAAAAUUAUAACUCUGAAUGUUACGGCUCAUUCUUCUCCUGUUUCCAGAUGAACUUGUGGUUUUUGUUAUCGACGUGUAUGUAAACCAGUUUUGCCAAAAGUUUUUUUUUUUCAGAUUUUAUUGUUUUUUUUUUCAAAUCCAUUCUGCUCCGCAGCGUUGGUUUUGCUGUUUUUAUGCUGCAGGAUGUUCUUCAGUUGUCACUCACUUUUCUUUCUCCUUGAGGCCUUCCUUUUGGUUUCUAGCGAUCGUUUUAGUUCAUGCUACAGGGCUAUAUUGAGGGAUGCCCGGGACGGCCCCUGCGUCGCCCGCAUUCUGUAAUCUAGUGAAAAAGUGAAAAUGCACUAUUCUAUUUUUACCCCCCAUUUGCUUGUAACAACACACAACUGACUUUCUGCCUAAAAGAAGCUACCUCAAGGCGUUAAGUGCUUUGCGAAUUUUUCACCUGUGAAUGCGCCCCCGCACGUGUUACUACUGGUCAUCUUUGUGUUGCAUCAAAAUGUACCUGUCACUGGAGCACAGCGCAGACGGCCAUUUUGUACCACCAGUAUUCAGCCAGUUGGUUGUUUAAAGGGGGUUUUGUCACUAGGAUAGACUUCCCGCUAUGGUGCUCGGUUUUAAGGGAUGAGAAAAACAUGACUUUAUUAUUUUUUUUCCCCAAAAAAACAGCACAACACUCCUCCACAGGUUGCCUAUGGUAUUGCAGCUCGGCUUCACUCGCUUCAGUGGAAAUGAGCUGCACUACUGGAUACAACCCGAGGACGGGGGUGGCGCAGGGUUUUGGAAGGAGGCAACCGUGUUUUUAUAAUCCUGAAUGACUCCCUGGCCGUUUAUGAAAUUAUAACUCGUAUGGUAUAUUGCAGGGAUGCUCAACCUGCGGCUCUCUAGCUGUUGUAAAACUACAACUCCCACCAUGCCCUGCUGGAGGCUAAUAGCUGUAAGCUGUUCGGGCAUGCUGGGAGUUGUAGUUUUGCAACAGCUGGAGGGCCUGCAGGUUGAGCAUGCCUGGUAUAUGGUAUUGUAAUUUUCAACAGUCUAUGGAGCAGACCUAGAGACGAUGCUCUGGGGUCAUGUGAUCGCUGUCCACCAGUCGGAUCAGUGGGCAGUAACUUUUAUCCCCCUCACCCCUUUAUCUUUAAUGUCAGGUCAUCACGUGGUCGUAGACAUGAUAUUUGGUACUGUCAUGUUUUGCUGCAGUGAUUGGCUGCCUCACUGUCACAUGUCCACCACACCAUGGACCCAUGAAGGCCAGUUCGUGUUGGACAAAGGCGUUCAUGGGGCACAGCUGUAUUUUCAACCCCUCAUUCAUUAGUCCUUAUGUAAAGGGAACUGUCCUGGUGACAUCCUGCCAUGUCCUAGUAGACUGGCUGACCUUGUCCACUCCAACAAAAUGGCUGCCUACACCACGUAUAAGUGACAGAUCCACUUAGUUUGGUUCUGCCUGUUCUAGGAUUUUCUUUGCACUCCAACAGUAUUUAUAAGAGAAAGGAGAGAAGUUAGAACCAUCAGUAUUGACCCUCCUGCGCCGUCGCGUGACCCGCUCCUCUCCAUGGGAUUUCAGAGAUUUUAUGUUUUAUUAAUAAACGGCGGAAUUCUUAUCUAGACGUCUUUGUACAUAGUCUUAUUCAGUUCCUGGAAUCUUUUUCUAUCCACAGCGCGACACAUUCUGUCUUCUUUUCGGAAAUUUUGGGUAGUAUUGGAUACGGUGAGAUCGCUCGGCUCCAUGUAUAGCUGUCCGCCAUUUUAUGACACAUUUGAGUAUGCAAUGUUUGAUUAUUAAAAUAAAGCAAGAUGACUAUUCAA